CUUGACACAACCGUUGGCGCUAGUUUUGGAGUAACAUCAAACACCUUCGUCCAACAUGAAGAUGUGGAUGUUUUCGCCGAAAUCAUGACACAAAUACGAGUAUUUCGACGGAUAGUAUAUUUGAAAGACUGUGAUCCGGUGAUUCUGUCACGUAUUGUUUGAUAAACGUGUAAAAGCCACGCACGCUAACGUUAAGUAGCUUCAGGAAGCUAACAUAAACGUUAGCCUAGCUACGUGGCUACAUCAGCUGUCCCACUGUUUCCGUCGCCAUGGAUGAUGAUUUUCUGCUUGCCAUUCAGCUACAGGAGCAAUUUGACAAUGAAUACGAGACGGCAUUGGUGUCAUCAAACGGCUUUGAUGAUAAUAGCUUCGGACAAAGCAGUAAGAAACGGAAAGUGGAGGUAACUGGUGGCGGCAGCAGCGAUGUUGUUCCCUACUGGAAGCAGACUGUCCAGCCCGAGAGGCCGCUGUCAAUCGUGGACGAGUCCUGGGAGAUGCUGGACCCCAGUCCCGAUGUCAGAGCUAUGUUUCUGGAGUUCAAUGACAUGUUCUUCUACGGGAAACUCAGCGGUGUCGAGGUUAAGUGGAGCCCAAGAAUGACACUGUGUGCUGGAGUGUGCUCUUAUGAGGGCCGAGGUGGACUGUGUUCAAUCAGACUCAGUGCCCCUCUGCUGAAGCUUAGGCCGAGAAAAGACCUGGUGGAGACUCUCCUUCAUGAAAUGAUUCACGCGCUGCUGUUUGUGACCCAGAACAACAGAGACCGAGACGGUCAUGGUCCUGAGUUCUGCAAACACAUGAAUCGGAUCAACAAGUCCAGUGGGACAAACAUUUCUAUCUACCACAGUUUCCACGAUGAGGUUGAUGUGUACCGGCAGCACUGGUGGAAAUGCAACGGGCCCUGCCAGAACCGCAAGCCCUACUUUGGCUUUGUGAAGAGGGCCAUGAAUCGGGCUCCAUCUUCUCUGGACCCCUGGUGGGAGGACCACAAGAGGACGUGUGGAGGGACGUACACCAAAGUCAAGGAGCCUGAAGGAUAUGGCAAAAAAGGCAAAAAGGAUGGGAAGACCUCAGAGACAAAGGCCUCAGGAAAUAGAAAGCCUUCAAGUACAACUACAGGUUCUGGAUCACAGGACAUAAGGAACAUUAUCCCAUUUAGUGGCAAAGGCUUUCUACUCGGAGGGACAUCACAGUCCUCGACGUCUUCCUCCCCAUCUUACAAACUAGUAGUGCCUGUUCUGAAAACAUCCUCGUCCAGCCCCAUUUCCUCUCCAAAGAAACUCUUCACCCCUUCAUCUCCGGCUAAAAGUCUCAAUUCUCCUGUUCGCUCCGGCCUGGGUAACAAAGGAAUCUCUAGUGCACUACCCUCCGUCAGACCAGCUACCUCCACGGGGCAGAAGCCACACAUAAAGAGGUCUGUUGGUAACACAAGGGUUUUUGUCAACAUCAACGGCUCGCCUGUGAAAAUCCCCAAACCCCGCAGCAGAGGUAGCCAAGAAGCAAAUAAAAUCAAACAGAGGUCCAUUGAAGACCUUUUCAACAGCACAAGUGUCAGAAAGUCAGUGAGUCAAUCCUCCACCUCAAACGCAGAACUUAACAGAGAUUCACUAACAUCAUCAGACAUUACAAUGAGUGCUACCUCUGCUUCUUCCUUCUUUCCUAAACAACAAAGUACCCCUUCAGCUUCCUCUCCCAGAACAUUUAUUCCAAGUCCUAGUAAAUCCAGCCAUUCGCAGCUUUCUUCUGUGGUUUCAAAAGGAACCAAAGGCAGCCCUGCCAAACCAACACAUUCCAAGUAUUUCAAUCAGUCUAAUAGUGAUGGUGCAUCGGGAGCUGCUGGUGGGGGUCAGGCAUCGAGGAAGAGGUCGUGGGACGACCGCAGCAGCUCAGCCAGCAUCUUUGACUUCUUCCAGAAGACACUAGGCAGCAGUUCAGCAGCAUCAGGGGAGUCUCUGAAGGAAAAAUCACCUGCAAUGCAGCAAAGAACUGCCACUGCUACAGCAUCCUCCGCUACUUCCUCACUCCAUUCCUCUGCAGGAGUCCCCAGUUCUACCCCCACCUCUUCAUCCUCUUCCUCCUCUUCAGCAUUGAUGGUCAGCUGUCCAGCAUGCCAAGCACAGGUGGAGGAGUCAAAGAUCAAUGAGCAUCUUGAUUCCUGCCUCUCGUAAAUGAGGAUGUGUGCAGUAAAAAGGAUGUAGCAAUAAAACCAAUGUUUAGAGAAGUUUCAGGGAGUUUGCUGCAUUACGUUUUUGUGAUUUUUGCACUAAAUCUCCUUUUGAGUUUCUCAAUUUAACUUUGAGAUCUUUUAAUGUUUAGUGAAAUAACUUGACUUUUGAUUUGAAAAUAAUGCUUAGACACAGUUUUACUACCAGAUUGGAUUGUUUUCUCUGGUUGUCAGUGUUACUUCACUGUAAUAAUGACAAUUCUUCUCUCACGAGUGCCUGUCUGUGAUGUUGUGCCUUACUACACCAAGAGCACAGCAGGUUUUAACAGAUAAUGUAAAUUAACUGACUUUACUUGAAUUAGUUACGUCAUUUUCAUCAUUCUAAACAAAACAAACAGCAUUCCAGUAAGUUCUGUCUGGUGGCUGGUACAAGUUUUAACCAUGUUCUUAUAUUACUUCCUGUCAUACUGAUCAGUUCUGUAAAAAAAAAAAAAACUCUUCAAUUGUUUCACUGUAGGGCUGCCUGCUGUACACCCUGCAUAUCUAGGAUAACAGGGUGCUGGUCUCCUUUACAUAGGACUUGACUGUAUUUGAAAGCUGCAACAGCAGGAUUGCAGAAAAACAAUUGAUGAGAGUCAGUUGGAAAUUGAUCAGUUUGUUGUCAAAUUAUAAAUCCAGAAGCUGCUGUUAUGUGUGCAGAAAGGUUAUUGUUUUGCUGGUUCCUGCUGUCUGAUGUAUCCUCUACCUCAAAUCUGCAUUUGCUGCCCGUCAGACGGAAGGAGAGUCUGACCGACCUCUGCUGAUCUGUGGGAAUCCGAUCUCAAACGUACCAGCUAUUUAUGUCUGUGCGUCUUCACAUUUACACUGCAUCCAUCUGCAGGGUCAGGCAGUGCAGCGGUAUCUGAUUGUGCCAUAUGCUAAGUAAUUCAGUAAUGCACUGAUCUUACUGAUGUACUUCAACAAUCAAAUAUACAGUAAAAAAAAGGUUUUAGGGAAAUGUUUAGCUUGCAAAAUGUUAAUUUUACUGCUAUCACAUGAUCAUUUUAUAUUUGUGUGCCACUGUUUGUUUUAAAGGAAAUUGCUAAAUUAAGUUUUAGGUUUUGUUUUCAAAUAAAAAUUGUUCUGUUUACCUAAA